UUAAUGGUUAAAUUUCUAGUUACUUAAUAAAACAUCGCGUAUUAUUAAAAUAUUAUUUGUCCGUAAAGCUAUUAUCAUCGAAAGAUAAGUAAUGUGUCGUGUACUCACAGUGACGUUUAGUCAUCGAGUAAUUAAACGGCUUUGGACACUCGAGUAAAUGUAUUAAUGCCCGAUACGAUGAAGGAGAAUUCGCUGAAGCAGGAAACAAAAAAUGAUUGGGAGGCCCGUCACCCUGAAGAAACUUCCCCGCAGAUUCCGCGGACGGCUGAAGAACAGGCCGGAGCUGGAAGUCCUGUCAAUGGGCCGACGAUCGUUACGACGACACGCCGGCACGUCAGGACGAUUACUACCACUGGACAUAUUACUGAAACUAUUGCCGAAGACUCCGAGCCCUCGCCAGUCUCUAGUCCUGGGGAAAAUAAAACUAAUCAUAAGAUAAUUCAUCAGCAGCAACAAACUGCAGAUCAUCAACAUAAUGAACAAACUUCUCAUUAUCAAGAACAAUCUUAUAUACAUUUGCCGGCUGAUAACAACAGUACGGACAGUAAUCAGCAUCAGCAGGUUGUUUAUUCUAAUAAUGGGGAUGAGUUACAAGUUGAGACACAAAAUUCCGAUGGUCAUCCUAUUACUUUGUCACUCAAAGAACCACCAAAAUAUAUAACCGCUGAAAGAUCAGAAGUAGAACGCGUAUACGUAUAUUCAGAUACAACAGACGGCCGAAAAGUCCCAAUGCUUGUCCAAGUCCAGCGAAUGCAAGAAGACCUCCGUCGUCAGCAGCAGCAUCAUCACCACCAUCACCAUCACCAUCCCCAGUCACACCGUUUCAGUCCCCACGAAAACGGCCAAGUGAACAGCAGGUACGAAUCACCCAGUUCUGAAGACUUCGAACCCAGUGUCUCGAUGUCUCAAUCUGGAUCAACGGUCUUAGGGUCACCUGCGUCUUAUUCAACGCCCGUUGAAGUCGCCCGGACGACGCAGCAUCAAUUAGUCCCAACAGGUUAUUCCGAGGCAGCGAUUAAGUACGACGUUGCUGCAGCAGUUGCUGCCGCAGCGUCCGAAAGCAUAAAAACGAGUAGUACUUACACGACUUUAGAGACUGUUCCAUUGCCACCAUCACAGGCCGUACAAUAUGCUCAGUAUGUUCCUGAUAGUUUUCAACACGGCAACAGUUACGGUUACGCCAAACCGGAAAUAACUUACCUGAACUAUUCGGGAGGACAUUCCAAUAGAAAUUCCGAGGUUGAAGCACCUUCUGGAGUUUACAUAAAAAGUGAUCCCACAUUGUCUUCCUCGUCACUGAUCGGCAGUGGAAGAACGACACAGUUGUAUCAUGAACAACCGGGUUCACCGGGAUCACAAGUUACGAUUUAUGGAUCAGCUGGCACGCCGACAUUCCAGUAUGUCAAGCAAACUGGAGAAACAUUUUGGCAACCAGCUGGUUCAGCAUCACCACCGACUCUCGAGUACGUACAGGGUUACCCAGGUGUUGCGACUAUUUCGGCAACCGAUUCCGCAGGUCUUAUGUACAACGGCGGUGGUUAUGUUACGACGAGCAAUGGAUCUUCACCAUGGGCAAGUUUGCAAGAUGAAGCUUUCGAUGGCUCCGUUAUGACUGAAACAAAAGAAUGCGUUAAUUGCGCAGCUAAUAUGACGACACUGUGGAGAAGAGAUGGAACUGGACAUUUUCUAUGUAAUACGUGUAAAAUUUAUAACAAACCUAAUGGGGCGAAUAGAGCUACGAUGAGAUAUAAUUCUAAGAUGAAACAAACUAUUGCUGCGAGUGGACGAAGAGCCGGGAUACAAUGCGCAAAUUGUAAUACAAGUAAUACAACAUUAUGGCGGAGAAAUAAUAAUGGAGAACCUGUUUGUAAUGCAUGUGGGCUCUAUUAUAAACUUCACAAUGUAAACAGGCCCAUGAGCAUGAAAAAAGACGGAAUACAAACACGUAAAAGAAAACCAAAAAAUCACUCAGGAAUGUCUGGCGUUUUGGCAGGACCAAGUGCUGGACUAAAUAAAUCCGAGAUGAAACAAAAUUUACUCGUGGAUUCGAAGCUGCACUUGAACAUGCUCACGAAUAGGGGUGGGAGUGUUGAGAGGGUUGAAGACGAUUACAUGAAUUCCAUAACAACGCAAUUGGGUCACGCGCACUCCCCCAUCACAUUACCCACUGCUGCGGUAUUGAAUCGCCAAACUAAUCUUACUGUGCCCCCAUUAGAACCAAUCACAAUUAACAAAUCCAGCGGGGAUCUGACGGUGAUAACAUCAACAUCACUGGCUACUAAUAUCGACAGAUCAUGAUAACUUAGUUUUCUACACAAGUCGAUAACAUACUCAUUGUCUCUCAUACAUUAUAUAUAUAUAUUUUAAUAAAAUAGCUGCUUUAUCGACUACUCCGUACCACUUACUAACGACGGCAACAUCAGUCACUCAACCUUACCUUCAAAUAAUAAAAAACAACUUUUUCAAACAUAUGCAUCCAUAUAUAGACACAUAAAUAUAUAUAAAUAUGUAUAUAUAAGUACGUAAGUGUUACGCGACUGCUUUUAUCCAUUUUAAUUUUUUUUAAUCAAUGAGAUUCUACAUAUUGUAUAUAAAUUUUAUACAUCCAAAGAUUUAUAAUUAAUUUAUAUAUAUAUAUAAUUAAUUCAUAUAUAUAUAUGAAUUAUUUAAAGCAAAGAAAAAAAAUUUCGAUUUUUUUUUGUCAAUCGAAU